GCACAGCGGGUCAUCUCCAUCUGAUCCGGGCAGCCGCGCGGAUGAAACACCGGUCACCGUCAGCAGAGCAGCAUCGCGGGAAGCUCCCCCGUGUCGGUGCCCCCGCUGCGGCCGCCCCACCUCCGGACGGGACGAUGGAGGACACAUCCCCGCCGAACCCGCGUGAACUCACCCAGAACCCUCUGAAGAAGAUAUGGAUGCCCAAUAAAAACGGCCUUCCCGAAAAACACAUCUCUCAUCGAAAGGUAUGUAUGACCAACUGUCCCACCCUAAUUGUGACCGUGGGCCUUCCUGCCMGAGGAAAGACCUACAUCUCCAAGAAGCUGACCCGCUAUCUGAACUGGAUCGGGGUGCCCACCAGAGAGUUCAACGUGGGACAGUACAGAAGAGAUUUUCUAAAGAUCUACAARUCCUUUGAGUUCUUUCGUCCCGACAAUGAGGAAGGCUUAAAGAUCAGGAGGCAGUGCGCUUCAGCAGCGCUGAACGAUGUGCGGCAGUAUCUCACGGACAAAGGAGGUCAAGUCGCAGUGUUUGAUGCGACGAACACCACCAGAGAAAGAAGAGGCACCAUCGUUCAGUUUGCGGAGCAGAACGGCUUCAAGGUGUUUUUUGUAGAGUCUGUGUGUGAAGACCCGGAGGUCAUACAGGAAAACAUAGUGCAAGUGAAGCUGGGCAGUCCUGAUUACACAAACUGUAACACAGAGGAAGCAGUGGAGGAUUUCAUGAAGAGGAUCAAGUGUUACGAGAACUCUUAUGAGACACUGGAUGAAGUUUCAGACAGGGAUCUUUCCUACAUCAAAAUCAUGGAUGUUGGACAACGGUUUUUGGUCAACAGAGUGUUGGACCACAUCCAGAGCCGGAUCGUCUACUACCUCAUGAACAUCCACAUCACGCCGCGCUCGAUCUACCUGUGUCGCCACGGGGAAAGCGACCUCAAUGUCAACGGCCGAAUUGGAGGAGACUCUGGUCUGACACCGAAUGGCAAAGAGUUUGCUAAGAAGCUGAACCAGUUCAUCCAGACGCAGAACAUUCAGGACCUGAAGGUGUGGACCAGUCAGAUGAAGAGGACCAUCCAGACGGCGGAGGCGCUCAGCGUUCCCUACGAGCAGUGGAAGGUCCUCAACGAGAUCGAUGCUGGUGUGUGUGAGGAGAUGAUGUACGAGGAGAUCCAGGAACACUACCCUCUGGAGUUCGCCCUGCGGGACCAGGACAAGUACCGCUAUCGGUACCCGAAAGGAGAGUCCUAUGAGGACCUGGUGCAGCGGCUGGAGCCGGUCAUCAUGGAGCUGGAGAGGCAGGAGAACGUGUUGGUCAUCUGUCACCAGGCUGUCAUGCGCUGCCUGUUGGCCUACUUUUUGGACAAAACAGCAGCGGAGCUGCCGUACCUGAAGUGCCCACUGCACACUGUGCUGAAGCUGACGCCUGUGGCCUACGGAUGUAAAGUGGAGUCCAUCAGCUUAAAUGUGGAGGCUGUUAACACACACCGAGAAAAGCCAGAGAACGUGGACAUCCACCGUACGACGGAGGACGCCCUGCAGACCGUCCCCCCUCACCUCUGAUGCCUGCGCUGGAACCCAGUGGUGACCUCUCCUCUUCAUCCUGUCUCCUGGAUGGACUCGCUGCCACACAGACCUGUGUGGACGGACUUUCAGAGCGUUUAACCACGACGUCUGCGUCUGAAAUCCACUUUAUCUCCAAACUUUCUCCCUGCCCAGAGGUGGUGGAGGAGCAGAGACCGGUCCGAUCGAUGCCGCGCUUUCAGAUGGCUCUGUCAUGUUUUCAAGUGUUAACCGUGUGGUUUCAACCCAAUGUUUGUGUUUUUCUGCUGCAUGUUUGACAUGAUAGCGUUACAUGUGCAACCAUUAUUUUCAUGUGAAGUUGUCUUCAGUGAUGAUGUGCAAUCUGUGGGUUUUGAACCUACUCUGAACACAAAGCUCUUAUUGUACCUGUGUGCCGAGUGAAUGGAUGGGUGAAGGGAUUUUUCCUGGUUAAUAUCACGUUCAGCUGGGUGAUUAUAGCUUUAGCUGCUGACUGUAGUGGAUUGUAUAUAAAAUGUAAUGUUUCAGCUGUUACAAAGCCAAACACAAAUCAGCUUAUGAUAAACAAUUAGUGGAGCAGAACAUCUGAACAUUUGAAGUAUAAAAAAAAUUGUCAUCUACAGGUUGGUUGUGUUUGUCUCAACUUGAAAAUAUACGUUUCAGCUCCACUUUAAUAAAGAUG